AUGCCCUGGCUCUGGACGAAGCCUGACGCUGGGCAUCAAGAAUAUGUCAACUGGGAUCCAGUCGACCCGUUUUUCAUCGACGACAGCGAACGGAGGUACAGACUUAUAACGGCCUCCAGUCGUGAACGGGAGACCCAGCGCAACGUUAUUACGCAGGUCUUUAAUCCUGGCCUUGGACACACUGCCUUCUGCACGACUGAUGGCAUAGGUAGGGGCGCCCUCGUUCACAUCAAGCUGUGUACGCCGUCGGAGAACAGUGUCAACCUUCCGGAACUCCCCGAGAAUACGGAAGUCAAGUUUCAAGUGGCCCAACAAGAUCGCACCUAUGAGGAAGGUGACUUGUUAAUGAAGGGCAGAUUGGUCGAGGUGGAGUCUUCGGCGGAUCUGGUCAUCGCAACAGAAAGCUUUGGCACCGAAGUUAAGCCCAGUGUUAACUUCCAGAUCGUGACCGUCGUUCAGCCAAACACAAUGCCUAUUGAUGACCAGCUGAAUGCACUCAAUGAAGUCACCAACGUUACUGUCUAUGAGAGCCCAUACUAUUUCGUUCUGGAUUUCAAAAGCGUGUCCCCUUUGGAAUCGCACCUCCAGGAAGAGCGGCUAGGACAUAUACGCCGUCUCUUUCCCUUGGAUGACGUCCAGCUGCAAGCUUUUGUCAAUUCGACCUCUAGGGUCACCUGCGGUGUCAGCCUCAACCAAGGACCCCCCGGUACGGGUAAAACGAGGACAGCCGUGGCAAUCAUCUUGGCACUUACCGCGCUGAGGAUAAAAGUCCUCGUCGUCGCCGGUUCUAAUAAAACCGUGGAUAACCUUUUGGAAUCCUUGGUUACUGCAGCGGCAAGGGAUGCUCUCCUAAGGGCCUGGUGUGACCAGUUUGUACGCUUCGGAACACCUGCCUAUCAACUCAGCCAGAUCCGGGCAAAGAGCGCUAGUGAUCCUAUUGCCAGGCUCAGGGCGCAGGCAGAUGCUACAAAUGACAACCAGGCGAAUCCUACUCUGGAAAAAGUCCAGGCGCACAACUUGGUUGUCGCCCAUGCGCAACAGAACCCCGACGAUAAGCAUUGCAAAUCUCUCCUUGAGUACAUGGCCAUAGACAAGGAGAAGGGCCUCAGCAGAGACGGUACCAAGAAGCUACGCUCGUCGUAUGAAAACACCUUAUUGGGUUACUUCGAAGGCUGCAUCGUCGUUGCUACGACAUUGAGCAACGCUUCUCAUGACGUCCUGCGCCUGCCAAAUUUCAAGCCGGCGUUCAUCGUUAGCGACGAGGCAGGGCAGUGCCUCGAGGGGGAUCAUUGCAUUGCGUUGACAAUGCCGUCGGUCCGUGGUGUUGUCCUGAUUGGUGACCCCGACCAACUUUCCCCCACGACAAACUAUCGGAAUCAUAGCCAGAUUCUAGAUUUAUUCAACAGUGGGAUGUACAGGGGAAAGCUCGUUCCUGGCCCCGAAAAUGACCGACUAGAGCGGGUUGGCAGAGCGUGGGAUUCCUUUACCGGGCCCCGUCACUGGUUUCGAGCACUUAACGUUCAUGGCAUGCGUCGGCUGUUCAUUAGCAUCAUUGGAAAAGCUAAACGCAUGGAAAACAGUCUACCCUGGUCCAACGAGAGCCAGGUGCAGGUGCUCCACCAUCUUCUGACGUCCCUGUACUUGUUUCAGACGUCCAACGGUGACAGUGUGCUCCCUGAAGACGUCAUGAUAGUAAGCCCGUACAAAGACCAAAAAGUUCUUGUACAAAGGAUCCUGAGCCAGCACGAGGUUAGAUACCGUGACAACCUUACAGUGGAUGCCACACAGGGGCAAGAGGCACCAAUUGUGAUGUUUCUGAUGACCAAGCCCUCGCAGAAUGUCGCCAGCGCGGGUUUCAUGGCAGACACAAACCGGCUUAACAUCGUCCUUAGUCGUGCCAAGAAAGUCAUGAUAAUCAUUGGCAACCUGAGGGACUGGAACAACAAUGGCAUUGCCAAGAUGAAACAAUCGGUCGGAAAAAGGGCGAGGUUUCUCAUUGAUCUCAUCAGGGACGUCACUGCAAGGCGUCACACGCUGACAUGGGCCGGGCCAGAGGCAAACCCUACAGGGCGAGUUCAAUACUUCUCCCACGACCGACCUGGUGAUAUCCAAGAUGUACCUUCAGGUCCAUCGGUCGUGGCGCCUCCCACCGUUCGUCCUGCUCCUUUUGCCCCGCCAACGACAACACUCCCCGUAGUACAAACCCGGGACCCAACUGAGGUCGCUGAGCUGCUGCGGACCCAAACCGAAGAAGACCAUUAUGUUGAUAUGGGCGACGCUCCUCGAGUAUUGGCGCCCAACGUGCGUUAUACGGUGCAGCUUCCUCUGAGGCAGCGCUCUUGCUCUCCCGUAUAA